AAAACUAACCGCAAAACAAAAUCAAAGGGAUCGCAAAAUUCUUUUUUUCUUCACUGUUACGAAAGAAAUCAAAGUAAACGCGAAGCAAAAAAGCGGAAUCGAAUUGAUCUUCUUCUGCAGUGGGUCAUCUCUGAGCGCGAGCGGUUUCUCGUUGGGUCCCUGAGCUGAUUUCUGUUCCUUCUUGGCAGUUUUCGCUCCAAGGAGUCGUUUCAGGCACCCAUGGCCUCCGCUCCGAUGAGGAUUGUAUUCGGUCUGCUCACCUUCGUCACCCUCGGCAUGAUCAUUGGUGCUUUGUUCCAAUUAGCAUUUAUAAGGAGGCUGGAGGACUCUUAUGGCACGGAGUUUCUAUCUGCUGGAAGGUUACAUAAAACUCAGUAUGAUGGCGAUCGUCAAUUACCCCGAGGCUUUCCUAAUUGGAUUAAUGACAGAGAAGCAGAAAUUCUUCGUCUUGGCUAUGUUAAACCAGAAGUAGUAAGCUGGUCACCACGAAUCAUUGUAUUGCAUAAUUUUUUGAGCACAGAGGAGUGCGACUAUCUUAGGGCAGUAGCACUUCCUCGCCUUGAAGUUUCCACGGUUGUGGAUACAAAAACAGGGAAGGGAGUUAAGAGUGAUUUCAGAACGAGCUCUGGAAUGUUUUUAAGUCAUCAAGAGAAAAAUUAUCCAAUGAUCCAGGCAAUUGAAAAAAGAAUUUCUGUCUAUUCUCAAAUACCAAUAGAAAAUGGAGAGCUCAUUCAAGUUUUAAGGUACGAGAAGAAUCAAUUUUACAAGCCUCAUCAUGACUACUUUUCUGAUACUUUUAACUUGAAGCGUGGUGGUCAGCGAGUAGCAACCAUGCUUAUGUAUCUAAGUGACAACGUUGAAGGUGGAGAAACCUACUUUCCGAAGGCUGGUUCUGGGGAGUGUAGUUGUGGUGGGAAAACUGUCCCAGGGUUGUCCGUUAAACCAGUCAAAGGAGAUGCAGUGCUUUUCUGGAGCAUGGGAUUAGAUGGACAGUCGGAUCCUAAUAGCAUUCAUGGAGGGUGUGAAGUACUGUCUGGCGAAAAAUGGUCUGCCACAAAAUGGAUGAGGCAAAAGAGUACUCUGGUACCAUAGUUCAUACUUAUUAUAGAGUUCCACUGCAUACGGCAUUUAAUAUUUUGUUACAUAACAAAGUAAUAAAUUUAGAGAGAGAAAGAGAAAGAGAGAAGCUAGUUUAGAUAGUGUUUAACAUAUUAACAAUACUCACUGUGAAUCAAUUUAUUUAAUGAAUAAUACAGCAUCUGGUGUUAUCCUCCCCCAGUGUGUGUAUCUGCUGAAGUUAUAGAUUUUUUCUUUUCUAAGAACCAAGAUCAGACUAUUUAAACGAUGUUAUUGUGUACGUUGAGAGUAUUGAUUACUAGAGUUCAACAAAUAUAGAGGUGAAGAUUGAACCUUUGACUUCAA